AUGAAGAGAGGCGCAGAGAGACAAAUCAGCAAAGACGACGGCGAUGACAUAGAGGAGGUCGAAGACCCUGGCAAGGGUUUCCAAAAGGCAGACGAGUCUGUCCUCACAAAGCGGCAAAUACGUGGUUUACCCAAGCGAGCCACGGCUUCAACUAAGGCUUUGUCUUUCGCCGGACUCCCCAGUGCACCUCUUUCACCCGCGGAUUCGGAACCACCUGCUGCUCCAAAAUUUGGUGGUUUCUCAGGGUUUGGCUCAGGAGCUGGACCGAGUCCUUUCUCAUUCACCCCUCCAGCCGCUACUGCAUUCGCGACCUCAAACGUUGCACACUCUGCGUCUGCUGCUACAAAGGACUUUGCAUCGGUGGUACAAGCCACUAGUACUGCCAAUGCAUCCCCGAAUCCUUCAGAUGAAGAUUACAACACAGAACUGAAAUAUUACAAGUCUAUUCGUGCUGUAGACCAGGAUCCUUUUAUUGACAUCGCAGGCCUUCUUGAGAAUCUUGAUAGCUCAUCCAAAGCCGCUAACCAGAAGGUAUCAGCUUCUGGCCCUCCUGUGCUCGAGAAGGCUGCACUUCCAGCAACUGGAUUUCCCGUGCCAAAAGGCUUCUCUGGAUUCGGUAACUUUGGUUCCCCAUCAUCACCUACUUCAUCCACAAAUGGAACGGAUAAGAGCUCGACACCUAACAAUGCCUUCGCCUUCUCCACAUCAACUUCCAACACGAGCUCGACCCCAACUUUCGGUUUCGGUGCCAAAACGAGUGAAGAUAAUCCUGCAACACCAUCUCCCUUUGGCACUUCGGAAGCCCCGAAAUCGGCUUUUUCAUUCGGGACUAAAUCCGCUGAUUCCAACUCCUCAAGUCCGACCGCACCUGCACCUGUACCUGCACCCAGCAAAGACAAAGAUAAAGAUGAUUCAAAAGCCUCAUCGGCAUUUGGCUCUAGUUCAAGCAUUCCUAACUUCUUCGCGUCAUCCAAAGCAGCAUCAUCCACGUUCUCCGACCCCAAGCCAACAUCAGCAUUCGGCACCACGACAUUAUUUGGUAACAGAAAUGGUUUUACGUUUGGGAAGACGGGGGGAGGGAGUAUUGGCAAUCCCGUAGGGUUUGGAUUCGGCGUCGCGAAGCCUGCAGAUGGGGCUUCUACGUCUUCAUCGAGCGCUCCCACAGAAUUCAGCUUUGGUGUUCCACCAACCAAGUCUGUCUCCCCGCCAAUGGACACCGCCAGUCGAUCAGGGUCACAACCUGCUGCCACCGAUGAGGGCACAGACGAUGCAAAGUUGCUGCCAACUAGCAAUCACGAUGGUGAAGGCGAGGGUGAAGAAGAUGAAGAGACAACGUAUACUGUGAAGGCUAAAGUCUUCAAGCUUUCAAAGACUUCUGAUAAGUCUGAGUGGAAGGAACUGGGUAUUGGUAUGUUCCGUUUGAAGAAACAUAAGGAGACAGGCGCACGACGCGCACUGAUGCGCAACAGUGCCACGGGGAGGAUUGUUAUUAACUUCAGGUUGUUCGUGUCACUAACCCCAACACUGAUGAAGACGAUGGUAUCCUUUGUCGGACACGAUGAAGGUGCUCCGGCAUCGUUCCGAAUCCGUGUAAAAACACCUGAGCAAGCUCAGGAGCUCAAGACUGCUUUGGAUCGCGAGGUCGCAGCUGUCAAAGAGUCCAAUUGA